GCUCGAGCUCCGGAUCGAGAUAUCUCUCUGGCGAUUUCGCGAGUGUGACCUAGCCGCCGCCGCCCGGCUGCGCCUGCGUCCGUCCGGAUGCGCCCACCGCCGUCGAACUCCGCAUGCAUCCGCCCGGAUGCGCCCACCGCGGAAGCACGUCACCGUGCCCAGAUGACUGGGGCACGUACGCCCAGCCAUGGGUCGCAGAGCGCGUCGCGCCGCUCGAGUGCCUCAAGGCGCUCCACCUCCGCCGCAUGGUCGUCACCGACGACGACCUCGCCGAGCUCAUCCGCGCCCGGGGACACAUGCUGCAGGAGCUCAAGCUCGAAAGUGCUCCGACUUCUCCGCGGACGGAGUACACCUCGUCGCUCGCUUCUGCAGAAUGCCUAAUUAUUGAUAAAGGCAGUGAAUGGAUCCAUGAUCUUGCGGUCAGCAAUCCUGUUCUGGUGACAUUGAAUUUCCACAUGACUGAACUCAUAAUGAUGCCAGCUGACCUAGAGCUUCUUGCAAAGAACUGCAGAUCACUGAUUUCCUUGAAGAUUAGCGACUGUGAUCUUUCAUAUUUAAUAGGUUUCUUCCAACUGUUUGUAUUACCUAAUCUUCUUAAUUAUCUUGGUAUUGUAAGGUUCUUAACUGUUGUCGCAUCAGCAAAGCUGGCUGUAAGCUAUAUGCCUUCUAGUUCUUGCAUUGUGUCCAAGUUAUCGGGCUGUAGAUUGCUUUAA